AUGGCGGAGGUGGCGGCGGCCGAGGAGGACGGGGAAGGCGAGGAGGAUUGCUUCUUCGAGUCGUUGGGUCGGAUCUCGUCCUCUGUUUCCUUCGACAUCGGGGGAUUGGGAUCUUCCAGUUCUGAUACAGAUAUCGACGACGCUCGCACUUCGUUCGCCUCUGCGGUCGGCCCUCCGGCGGAGUUCCUCCGGCAUUACUCGUUCGCCUCGUCUCCAAUUGCGUCGCCUUCGUCCUCCAUCGAUGGAACCCCUGGUGAGGAGGACUAUGGGAUAUGGAUGGGCGAGCCUCUGUCUGUCCAAGAGCGCCGCCGCCGUCUCCUUCAGGGGAUGGGACUCGCCAGCUGGAGAGAUUUCGGAUCGGCGAGAGAAGGAAGAGGAAAGCGGCGCGGCGCUGUCGACGAGUCCGGACCUCUCGGCCUCUUGCAGCCUCCUGUCUCCUCCGUCGAUGCCACUCCUGCUUCGGCUUCGAACAUGUCUUCUCGAUCUACCAUCGUCCGUUCAAAGUCUGACGUGGGGGAGGCGGCGGGAAGGGCGACUAUCUGGAGGUUUUCACAUCUGAUCGGUUCACCUUUGCCUUCUUGCUCGCUGGUCCGCUCAGUGUCGACGCCUCCGUCCUUUUCCUUCUCACCUCCCGCUUCUGAAGAGGACGAAUGCGACGGGAGGAUCAUCUCCGUGUGGAGAAUCAGCGGGGAACGCGAUCUCCAGAUUUCGAACAGCAGAGAUAUCGGGGACAACAGCCGACCAAGGCUCUACACCAUCAAGAACCUGGACACGGGGAAAGAGUUUGUGAUCGACGAGCUCUUAGAGGACGGGACGUGGAACCGGCUCAGUGAUCCUCAGACGGGGAUGCGCCUCACCAUCGAGGAGUUCGAGACGACUCUUGGCUACUCCCCAAUUGUGAGGGAGCUAAUGCGCAGAGCGAACAUCGCGUCUAUGGGAUCUGGCUCUGCUACCGUGAUGAGCAGUCUUACGCAUGGGCGUCGGAAUGUGAAGUCCAGUGGCAAGAAGAAAGGCAUUGGAUGGUUCAAGAACAUAAGGGGGGUGGCCAGCUCGGUGACUGCGCUCAUGCUGGAGAAGGAGAGAGAGAUCGGGUCCUCUGGUCGGUGCGCCUCGUCGUCGACUGUUGAUUCCUCUUCGUCGGAGUGGAUGAAGGUCCGGCAGAGCAGGAAGCCCUACAAGGAGCUCACCGGACUUUACUUAUGUCAGGAAAUUCGUGCGCAUCAGGGUUCCAUAUGGACCAUCAAAUUCAGCCUCGAUUCCCGACUGCUGGCUAGCGCGGGUGAGGACCGGGUCAUCCAUGUUUGGCAAGUGAUCGAGUGCGAUGAUCACGCCUCUUCAUCCCGGAGAAUACAGGAUGAGGCGAAAAGUGCCCCUCCGUCUGGUUACUCUCUUGAUCAAUCUACCCGCAUGAGUUCUCCGGAUCAGUCUAAUCUUCUGGACGUCCGAGAAGCACAGAGGUUGAGCACUAAGAUCUCGUCACACAGGAAGAGAAGUUCCAUUCCAGAUUAUGUUGUCCCUGGAACCGUUUUCUCUCUGUCUCAAAAGCCAAUCUGCUCCUUCCAUGGACACUUGGACGACGUCCUGGAUCUCUCUUGGUCUAAAUCUCAGGUACGGUGGUACAUUUUGGUCCUCAAAUUUUAUUUUAUAUAUUAUUGUGUUCUGUAGUCCUGUACAAUUUCCUAUGUUUUGCGUUCCCACGUUUAUCCUGAGAAAGUGUGGUGGAUAGGAAACAACUCCUUGGAGAAAUGACUUUCUCCUGCUCCUGAUCCUGCAGAUUCUGACCGAUUAUUUUUUAUCGUGUUUCAUUAACAUGUUUAGAAAUAAUAUUUACCCCUGAAGUCCAAGAAAAUUCUGCUUGCCCUUUUUUUAUUCAGCUGAUUCUAUCAUUUGCUACCGAGCAACAAGGAUCUCUGACGCUGAUAUCUCUAGGGUAGUAUAUUUUCAGAUGUUCUCUACGUCAUUAUUUUCAGAUGCGGCACAACAUAUUAUUUUACCGUAAGUGCUUUCUAGAUACGGAACCACACAUAAUAUUAGCCACCUUUGAGUGUCACAUCCCUGGAGAUGCUGUUAGUGUUGGAAACUUUUUAUCAGAAGAUGACGUUGUGAGCUUCCAUUAAUUCUUUCUUCAAGUAGACUCUUCAACAGUAUGUUGCAAUAUGAUGUGGAUACUCGAAGUAUGGAUGAUUGCAAUUUUUUGCCCUUCCAGUCCGAGCUCAAUAACUUGCUCUUUUUCACUGACACUUUACAGUAUCUUCUUUCAUCAUCAAUGGACAAAACUGUAAGACUGUGGGAUAUGGCAAGCAAAACUUGUCUAAAGAUGUUUGCACAUAAUGAUUACGGUGAGAUACCUUACUUUACGCGUCUCACCUUUCAGAUUUUAUGCCUUGCUCUAGAAAACUGGAUUCAGUCAGUAAAUUUUUUGUGGUUCCAUUUUAUGACUUGCUGCUCAAUUUCUACUCACGUUUUUUAAUGGAUUUGAUUGUCACACAGUGACCUGUAUUCAGUUCAAUCCGGUAGAUGAUAGGUACUUCAUCAGUGGUUCCCUUGAUGCCAAGGUCCGCAUUUGGAACAUACCAGAUCGUCAAGUAGUUGACUGGACUGAUUUGCAUGAAAUGGUUACUGCUGCAUGUUACACCCCAGACGGCCAGGUACAAGCGCGUGUAUAGGAGGACUUAACACAAUCGGCAUUUAUAUAUUCCUAAGCUUGCUUCGUUUCUGCAGGGUGCCCUUGUUGGUUCGCACAAAGGAACUUGCCGUUUUUACAGCACAUCUGGUAAUAUACCCCCCCUCGUCUAUAUACUAUAGGCUGACAGACGAAGUUUUAGCUCAUGGAUUGGCUGGUACCAUAAUCGGCUGCUAGAAACCUGAUAAUGGAGAUAGUAUCAGAUUUUGAGCAUAGCGCAGAUGAUGAAAUCCAAGGAUUUUAAGUGUACUCAUCUGAAAAAUUCAACCAAUUUCUGACAUGAAGUAGUGGUGGUAACGAGUAAUAACUGAUCUAUCAAUGUGUACAUCAAAUUGAGUUUCUAAGGGUCAUUUUACUAAAGGCCAACCACUUUAGGAAACCAGCAUUUAUCCUGUGGCUUACACGCACUUGAUAUUCAAACAAUUUAGGUACACUAUUUUCUUGGUAACACCAUCUUGCCUAGCUACUCAGACAGAUUCCCUUAUUAUAUUCACAUUGUGACGUGUAUCUACAUGAUUCAUGGUAAUCACAUUUAUGGAUUUCUUCUUUUAUUUUGCAACAGUUCAUCAACUAAUACAAGUUCGGUAAAAUUUGAUCAGCCUUGUUCCCAAACAGACUUGAAUUAACCUCUUCAUCAUGAAGAAGGCUACAAAAAAGAGAAUACUUGUUGUUACUACUAGCCUAUUUUAUCGCUAUCAUGUUCCUUGAUUCUAAGAUUAUGUUCGAUAAAGAUCUUUAUCCAUCCCAUUUAAUAGACAUUUCAGUUCAAUGGUGGUUGCAAACAACUCACGAACAAAAUGAAGUGCACUCAUUGGAAAUUUUAAAUGGUAUAACUUCACCUAAUUGGAUUGGAGGAAAUUUUAAAUUUUGAAACCCAGCUUAGAGCAUCUAUUUUAAAUGUUCUGUUAAAGUAUCGAACCCGAGCUAAACAAUGGAUAUCCAAUCUGAUUUCUAGUUUUUAAAAACAAAACUAAAUGUGCAUCCAUUUGGCAACGUACUUACACCUGAAAUCAUAUCUCGAACCCAACCUUCACAAUUCCUUGUAUAAAAAGGGGAAACGCCGCCAUUUCACAUUACAUUUUAUUGAUGGUCGUCAUUCUUUUCUUUGUUGUGUUUUGUGAUACAGAUGGGAAGCUUCAUCAGAGAGCCCAGACUGAAAUCCAAAACAAGAGACGGAAAUCCCAUGCAAAGAAGAUUACCGGAUUCCAGGUGUUGAAACUACCUUCUGUUCUAGAAAAUUUUGUGUAACACCCCAUACAUAUUCAUAGUAGUAACCAUAUUUAUGUCAUGAUAAUUUUCUACUCGAUCUGUAUUUAUUCAGUAUCUUGGCCGCUGUCAAGAUAGGCAAAUGAAAAUUUGGCUAAUUCUUGAUAACUAAUUUGUAAAUUUUGCAUGGCUAAUUCUUAUCAGAGGAAAUUUAAAAAGCCUUAACAUGCCAUUCUUUUCUCGUAUGAACAGUUUGUGCCGGGAAAUCCAUCUGAAGUGUUGGUUACAUCUGCUGAUUCACAAAUCCGAAUCUUCGAUGGGAUUCAACUAACUCACAAAUUCAGAGGUACUAGCUAACAUUGAUCUAGAAGGCAGGUAGCCCAUAUUGUAGUCUGGAUAAUCUUUUUCCUCUCGCCAUUUAAAAUCACUAAAUCCUAAGUAGUAGAUCAUGGUUAUCAUUUCUUUUUUGCCAUUUUAAUCCACUGGUUAAGAAGGUGCCACUAUGAAUUUUCUUUCUACUUUCAUUGGAAUUAUCGCUUAGUUCAAAAGGUGGAAGAAAUUUACAUUUAUAUCGUGUUAUUUAACUCCCUCCCGCAUUCGAGAGGAUGCCCACUAAUUUCCCCCUGUGUAUCAUCAGGAUUUCGGAAUACCAGCAGUCAGAUGUCUGCAUCGUGCACUGCAGAUGGAAACUAUGUAAUAUGUGCAAGUGAAGACUCAAAUGUGUAUGUGUGGAAAAGAGAGGAGCCCCGCAGUGCAGGCAGCAUGGGGAAAGGGAAAACUUGGAUAACCACUAGAUCCCAUGAGCACUUCCAUUGUAAGGAUGUGUCUGUCGCAAUCCCCUGGCCUCCCAGCAGUAACAAUAAGAUCGAGCCUCCACUUCUGUCAUCAUGUUUGAGGCAGCACGGCCAUCAAUUGCCUCUGAGGUCCCCUGGUUCUCAACAGCCGCUAUCUUCCAUUAUCACAGCUGCUGAAGAUGUCUCAGUGAGCUCUAGGAUGAGUCCUGGCCCUCCUCUUGCCAAGAAACAUUCCUUAGAGCAAACACCUCCCUGCUUAGAAGAAGAUCUCUCCAAUCCAUCUCAUUCAGGACCUCUGAGUGGCGGUAGUUCGUCAUCCUUCUCGACCUCCAGUUGGCUAAUGUCCGGUGCUUUGUCCUCCAUUUCUGCAUUGAAUACUUUCACUUCCUCUUCCUUGCCAUCAUUAAGGUGGCACAGCGGGAGCAAUAACAGAAGCACCAACGGCCCAUCCUCGACAGCAUGGGGUCUGGUGGUGGUGACAGCUGGCCUCGGAGGGGAAAUCAAGAUAUUCCAAAACUUCGGCUUGCCACGCCUGCUAAAUCGGCAGAAUAAUAUAUUUUGA